AUGAAUGAAAUACAUUUACCGAUCACAGGCAUUUGUUUGGUGACAAAACCAAAUAAUGUACCAACGGGUUAUGAUUGUAUUAGGAAAGCUUACGAUGACACGAAUCGUGAUGCGGAUCUUAUGGCAGAUUCAAUAUUGGAACGUAAAGAUCGUUUUGUCUGUAUUACUCGUAUAAUUCCAUUAGCUGACAAUCGUCAAGAUGUCAUUGAAGAUAUCAAACUUAUAAAUGAACGUGAUAAUCCACCACCAGGUUAUUCUGUUUUGGCGUAUACAACAGACACACGUGAAAAAGGUACAAACAAAAAAUUAAUUUGUGUCAAAAUGGCCGAAAGACAAGGAGGUAUGAAAUGCAUAUGUGAUAUUAUAUUUCUUUAUCGUUCACGACGAUCACCACAAUUUUAUACAUCGAUCGGUGAGAUAAAUGGUUUACAAAUGUGUGUUAAAGAAGGUACUGUACCAACAUUACGUCCUCCACCUCCACCACCAGCUCCACAACUCCAAUCGAAUCUCUAUCCAAAUCCAAUGAAUUAUCAAACAUCUGGUCAACAGCAAUAUUAUCAAGCACCACCUGAAUAUUCAAAUACAAAUACUCUUACGAAAAAGAGCGACGAAAGAGAUAUUCUUGACGGUAUACCAUUUCAAAUAAAUCCAAAAUAUCUAAUGACAAUGAAUAAUAAACGUAACGGAAAUGAUUUAUCUGGUUUAGAUUCAUUUAAUAUUUUAUCAGCAUAUGAUAUUGAACAAUGUUUUCAAUAUGAUUUUAGUGUUGAAAGAUCAUCUCUUUAA